CGACAGGUUAUCGGUUAUAAUAAAAUGAUAGUAGGUUGCAGCAUUAACUAAGGAGGAGAGCCUUAAAUCAUCCAGGAGAAGAAGAAGAAGAAGAAGAAGAAGAAGAAUUGUUGAGGGACAGAAAGGAGGGGCUGUGGGCGGAGUCUCAUCUUGACUUUGAAUCCAUUCAGCCUUUUCUGCAGCACCACUGAACUUGCUGAGAGACAAACGCAGACUCCAUAGUGUUGUGCAGAAACCUCUCACUGCUGCUACUGCUGCUUAUUUUUUUGUAAUCCACCCCCUCCUCUUCUUAUUCGUUUGCUUCUCCAGGCUUUUUUUGUGAAAUGUCCACCAAACGUGACUUGCUGUCGGAUUCACCGCGGAGUGCUGCUGCUGCUGCUGCUGGAGAGGAGGAGGAGUGGUCAGGGACGCAGAUCAUUGUGUACUUGUAGAUCGACGGCGCCCCUGAACGCAUCAUCGCAGCGCCUCCAGUGCCUUUGAUCUGUGAAGUUGUGCUGAGAUUGGCGAUGAUUGGCGUCUAAUUUGCUGCUCAGUUUUGUGGAGAGGACUGACGGACGGACGGACGGACGGACUGACUGACUGCAGACAGCCAGGCAGGGGAGCCAGCGCUGCAUUGUAGUAACUGAGACGCCGAUUCCUCCCCGAGGAUUGCACAACCCCGUCCGCUCAAAAUGUCAUCUCAGGCCAAAGUCAAGAAGGACAAAGAGAUUAUUGCCGAAUAUGAGACACAAGUGAAAGAGAUCCGUAACCAGCUGGUGGAGCAGUUCCGUUGUCUGGAGCAGCAGUCCGAGUCCCGGCUGCAGCUGCUGCAGGACCUGCAAGAGUUCUUCCGUCGGAAAGCAGAGCUCCAGCUCGAGUACUCCAGAGGCCUCGACAAACUAGCCGAGCGCUACGCUGCCAAGAUCCGCACCUCCAGAGAGCACCAGCACUUCAAAAAGGACCAAAAUCUGCUGUCCACCGUCAACUGCUGGUAUUUGGUCCUGGAGCAGACCAGACGGGAGAGCAGAGACCACGCCACGCUCAGCGACAUCUACAACAACAACGUUAUUGUGCGUCUGGCACACGUGGGCGAGGAUGUCAUCAGACUUUUCAAAAAGAGCAAAGACAUCGGGGUGCAAAUGCACGAGGAGUUGGUGAAAGUCACCAACGAGCUCUACACUGUGAUGAAAACCUACCACAUGUACCACACGGAGAGUCUCAGCGCCGAGAUCAAGCUGAAGGAGGCGGAGAAGCAGGAGGAGAAGCACAUCGGCAAGGCCAACGACAUAGGCUCCAGCCUGCUUCGCUACGGCCACGACGAGCGUCCACAGCGACGGAGCUCCGUCAAGAAAAUGGAGAAAAUGAAGGAGAAGAGACAAGCCAAGUACUCUGAAAACAAGCUGAAAUGCACAAAAGCUCGCAACGAUUAUCUCCUCAAUCUGGCAGCCACCAAUGCCCUGGUGGCCAAAUACUACAUCCACGACGUCUCCGAUAUGAUAGAUUGUUGUGACUUAGGUUACCAUGCAAGCUUGGCACGCAGCAUGAGAACCUACCUGUCUGCUGAGUACAGUCUGGAGACGUCUCGCCACGAGGGCUUAGACUUACUGGAGGGAGCGGUGGACGCGAUGGACAUCAGAGGAGACAAGCUGAAAUUUAUGGACACGCACAGCCAGAUCUUCUGUCCUCCAGCACGCUUUGACUAUCAGCCGCACAUGGGCGACGAGGUGUGUCAAGUGAGUGCACAGCAGCCUGUUCAAACUGAGCUCUUGAUGCGCUACCACCAGCUGCAGUCUCGCCUGGCCACACUGAAGAUAGAGAAUGAAGAGGUGAGGAAGACGCUCGACGCCACAGUGCAGACGCUUCAGGACAUGCUCACCGUCGAGGACUUCGACGUCUCGGAAGCCUUUCAGCACAGCCAGUCCACAGAGUCGGUCAAAUCGGCUUCCUCCGACUCCUACAUGAGCAAGGCCAGCGUCGCCAAAAGGCGAGCCAAUCAGCAGGAGACUGAGGGCUUCUACUUCACAAAAUACAAGGAGUACUUGAAUGGCAGCAAUCUCAUUGUAAAACUGCAGGCCAAGCAUGACCUUUUGAAGCAGACACUAGGAGAAGGGGAAAGGGCUGAAUACGGAACAACAAGAGCCCCCACUCUUCCCCCUAAACCCCAGAGAAUGCGGAAGUCUAGACCUCGCUCCAUUUAUAACCAUAAGCUGUUUAACGGCAAUAUGGAGGCCUUCAUUCAGGAUUCAGGGCAGCCUAUACCAGUGGUGGUUGAGAGCUGCGUUCGAUACAUCAAUCUGUAUGGUCUUCAGCAGCAAGGUAUAUUUCGGGUUCCGGGCUCCCAGGUCGAAGUCAACGAUAUUAAAAAUGCAUUCGAGCGAGGAGAGGAUCCAUUGGUGGACGAUCAGGCUGAUCAUGACAUCAACUCAGUGGCAGGCGUUCUAAAGCUCUACUUCAGGGGGCUGGAGAACCCACUGUUCCCUAAAGAGCGUUUUCUCGAUCUCAUAUCUACUACCAAGCUUGACCCUGGAGCAGAAAGAGCUCAUCACAUUCAGCAGAUAGUUGUGACUCUUCCGCGGCCCGUGAUCAUCGUCAUGCGAUACCUGUUUGCUUUCCUAAACCAUCUUUCCCAGUACAGUGAUGAGAACAUGAUGGACCCCUACAACCUGGCGAUCUGCUUUGGCCCCACGUUGAUGCCCAUACCGGACGAGCAGGACCCUGUGGCCUGUCAGGCGCACGUGAACGAGGUCAUUAAGACCGUUAUCAUCCACCAUGAGGUCAUUUUCCCAACGCUACGAGAACUAGAGGGACCCGUGUAUGAAAAGUGCAUGGCCGGAGGGGAAGAGUACUGUGAAAGCCCCCACAGCGAGCCCGGGGCUCUCGAUGAAGUAGACAACGGUACUGGGCCUAACACGAGUGACGAAGAGGUGGAGCAGAUCGAGGCCAUAGCGAAGUUUGACUACGUGGGCCGGAGUCCUCGAGAGCUUUCCUUCAAGAAAGGAGCCUCUCUGUUACUCUACCUGCGAGCCUCUGAGGACUGGUGGGAAGGCCGGCACAACGGUGUCGAUGGGCUGAUCCCACAUCAGUACAUUGUGGUGCAAGACAUGGAUGAUGCAUUUUCAGAUGGUCUUCAGCGGACUGACGGCGAGGCCAGCAGCGGUUCACACCGAGACGACAGAGCCUUGACUCGAGAACGCCCAGCUACAUGUGAGCACACACCGGAGCACCGCUUUAGAGCAGCAAUGGGAAGAGUGAGAGUGCGAUCAGAUGGAGCAGCAGUUCCACACCACAGGAACAGUGACACUCACAGCCCCCCCAGAGCUUCAGACCAGCCCCCUAGGGUUAUGCCUCGGCCCUGCAGCCCACACAAAAUGGCUGUUACCAGGGGCGCAGCAGACAGUCCAGAGAAACGCCGUCUCACCACAUUUGGCAGCGCAGGCUGCAUCAACCACCCGGACAGAAAGGCCUUCAUGGACAGCCAUUCUCAGCGAUCGUCGCCCAGUACGACUCGUCAUGCAAGUUUGGGAGACCACAAAACUCUUGAGGCUGAAGCUCUUGCUGAGGACAUAGAGAAAACCAUGAAUACAGCUCUCCAUGAAUUGCUGGAGUUGGAGAGACAGAAUGUAGCCAAACACGCCCCCGAUGUGGUUCUGGACACUCUGGAGCCUCUCAAACACCCAGGCGGAGGAGCCCAGGAUCCGCCCUGCAGUCCUCUCCACACCAUGGUGAUCCGGGACCCCGAUGCCGCCCAGCGACGCAGCAGCAGCAGCUCCUCCUCCGAGACCAUGACCACUUUCAAACCUGCUCUGUCAGCGCGCAGACCAAGCGCUCCUCUAAGGCCCCCGCCUGUCAGACCCGUUCGACCUGCUCCGGUGAUCGGACAGGGGCAGGGACCGCACCGCUCCAGUAGCUCUAGCUCCUCCGGCCUCGGCAGCCCAGGCAUCACUCCCACUGAAAGGGUCUUCCCCAAAGCUCCCUCCCCGUCGCCGUCCACCUCCUCCUCCUCUUCAGACAAACAAGGUAACAUGUAGCCCCCGUCUGUCACAAGUCAAGUGUUGUGAGAACACUGAAUACGAAGUGAGACUGACUUAAUUCACACCUCACACUUCUGUUUGAUAGCAAAACAAACACUGGCACCUGGUGUUUAUGAUGAAUAUUACCACUAAUCCGUGUACUCGAUUACAACAAUGAGAAAAAUAUUACUCAGAGAGACCUGUGAUGGAUUAUGAGCCACUGGGGCCCCUGGGCACAGACUGGAAAAGGGGCGUCCCUCCCACACACACUUACACACACACACACCAAUCCCGCACUCAUGCACGAAUCGACAGCGGUACAAAGAUUAUUAAAUGGAAUAUUUUGGUUGUAAUGUAAAGAAUCUCACAGAUUCUCCUUCUACCACUAGCUAAAGGUGCUUUUUGUCAGGCAACACCUGGCUGCUAACAAAAAUAAUAAUAAUAAUAAUAAUGAUGAUAAUAAUAUGAUUGCGGGGCCCCUAUUAGACAUAUCACAUAACCCAACCUUUUGUUAGUUGACUGAGGGCCCCGUCAAGACAUCAGGGGUGGAUAAUAUAGCCUUAGGGGCCUAUAAAGAUGACAUAAUUACUAUUGUUUCUUGGCUGAAGGGCCAUAUUCCGAUAUAUGAUUGAGGGGCCCUAUUACAAUAUUUCACCUAACAUAACCACUGUUAUUUGGCUUGAGAGCUACAUUUAAAUAUCAGGAUGAAUAGGCCCUUGGGCCCCAGGGGCCCAGGCCCAUUCAGUAAUCCAUCCUUGCAUGAGAUUUAUUUUCUAGAUUAGCACAGUGCUGAAUAGUCAUGCUGGAUUAAAAAAAAAGGGAUGCACUGGUGUGUUUAUUGAAAUCUGUCAAUGGAACAUCUCACUCAAACGUCAUUAGGUUAUGAAGCUGUUGUGAGUUUGGACUUCUGUGCCUGGUUUCCUGUUCCAUUACGAAGGAACACUUAAGGGAUUAUCUUCACCCACAUCCUGCAGACGUCCACUCUCGCGCCGGGUGGUUUCGUGUAGUCUAUUACACGAAGAGGAUUUUCUUGGACACCAUUUAAAUUAACGGGGGAGUUCACCUCAGAGGGCCCGCACCGCGGUGUCACUCGACCAUGGCUGAGUAGUUAUUAAUUAAAUGCAGUUCUCCUAAUGGCCACUAGAUGCAGUACCAUAAUAGACUGUACAUUUCAUGUGAGAGGCUUAGAGUGUCUCACCAUGUGUGGUGUCAGGUUUCCGUUUAUUGUUCAUGGCUUGUGUUUUUCUACGAACAAGCGUACAGCACCAGACGGAUAUAAGUACGGCUAUAUUUUUCACACGCACACAAAAACAAAUCUGUAUACGUUUUAAUGAAUUUUACAUAAGAAAGUAAGAAGUUCAGCAAAAGAGGAAAAAAAAAAGUCCUCGCUGCUUUACUCUGGUCACUUUGUAUCCAAUGAUCUUGUUUGCACUAGGUUAGCUGGUGGUAGUUCAGCAGUGCUCAUACGUAUAAAAAAAAAUGUGAGUAUUUAAUGACUAUCAACGCUGGCAACCAAUAACAUAACAUCCGUCUCAAGUGUGAUAACAGGAGACGAGAAUAUGAAAUGUGUCUCAGUCAAAGCCACAGUUUCCUCCUCAAUACUC